AUGGAGUUCACCGUGGUGCCGUCGCCCGACGCCAUCACGCACGACGAGUUCACCACUGCGCUCGAUGAAUACCCUCGCCUAAUUGACUCGAUGUCUAACAAUUCCAAAAGACCAGCCAAAUACAGCCAAAAGACGCUCCAGCAGCUCGUCGAGUACCGCUACACCCAAGCCCCCGCCGCCUUCUCGCCCACCGCUGCCUCCCCCCAGGAGAUGACCCUCGAGGAUGUGCGCUGCCUUGUCGAGUGGAAGCUUCGCCACGGCAAGUUCCGCCCCAUGCUCCUCGGCCUCGCCGGCUCCAACAACCCCAAGCUCGCCCGCCGCACCAUCGCCGCCGCCAUCCGCAACUACCGCGCCUCCUCCGACGUCGACGCCGCGCUCGCCGCGCUCGCCAAGCUGCGCGGCAUCGGCCCGGCCACCGCCUCGCUGCUGCUGAGCGUGCACGACCCGGAGCGCGUCAUCUUCUUCUCCGACGAGGCGUUCCUGUGGCUGUGCGGGGACAGCCUCCGCGAGCGCGGCACGUCCAAGAAGGCGCAGCGGAAGAAGAAGCAGAUGACGAUCAAGUACAACAAGGAGGAGUACGCGAUGCUGAGGAGGAACAUGGAGAACCUGACAAAGAGGCUGGGCGUCGGCGCGACGGACGUGGAGAAGGUGGCGUACGUGCUGAUGAAGCGGCAAGCGGCCGCUGAUGCGGAGAAAGCGGCCGAGGCAGCGAAGGAGGCGGCCGAGGCAGCGAAGCAGGCGGCCGAGGCAGCGGAGAAGGAGGGAGAGGAAGAGGAUGAAGAGGAAGAGGAUGAAGAGGAGGAGGAUGAAGAGGAGGAGGAGGGCACGCUCAAGCUGGCAAAGGAUAAAAAGCCCGUAAAGUCUACAAAAAAGUCAAAAGAUGCAGAGCUGCCUCGGCAGAUUAGCAAAAGCAAAGAAACUCCGCCAAAGAGGAAGACAGUGCCGGCCGAAGAGGAAACGGCGGCGAGCACGAAACGGGCAAAACGGGCCAAGAAAUAA